ACGUGUGCGAUUCUACCCCACAUGGCGGUGCUUCUGAAGGGGCUGCUGCAGCCGGGAAGGCCCCUGGCGGCCUUAGGCCGCCCCGUAGGACGGCGUGAGGCCAGCCUGGGCAUUGAUCCUGGGGCUGCGGUGCGAGUGCGCUUUGCCCCCAGCCCCACAGGCUUCUUGCACCUGGGCGGCCUCCGCACUGCCUUGUACAACUACAUCUUUGCCAAGAAGCACCAAGGGAGCUUCAUCUUGAGGCUGGAGGACACGGAUCAGACCCGCCUUGUGCCUGGGGCAGCAGAGAAUAUUGAGGACAUGCUGGAGUGGGCAGGCAUUCCCCCUGAUGAGAGCCCCCGCCAGGGAGGUCCUGCCGGGCCCUACCUGCAGUCUCAGCGACUUGAGCUGUACGCCCAGGCCACACAAGCUCUGCUGAAGGCCGGCGCUGCUUACCCCUGUUUCUGCUCACCACAGCGGCUGGAGCUGCUCAAGAGGGAGGCCCUGAGGAACCACCAGACGCCCCGGUAUGACAAUCGGUGCCGGAACCUGAGCCCAGGGCAGGUGGCCCAGAAGCUGGCCAAGGACCCCAAGCCUGCUAUCCGCUUCCGCCUGGACGAGGGGGCACCGGCUUUCCAGGACCUGGUAUACGGCUGGAGUCGGCAUGAUGUGGCCAGCGUGGAGGGGGACCCGGUCAUCCUGAAGAGCGAUGGCUUCCCCACGUACCACUUGGCCUGCGUGGUGGACGACCACCACAUGGGCAUCAGCCACGUGCUGCGGGGCUCGGAGUGGCUGGUCUCCACUUCCAAGCACCUGCUUCUCUACCGGGCCCUGGGCUGGCCACCGCCUCACUUCGCCCACCUGCCCCUGCUGCUUAACAAGGAUGGCAGCAAGCUGUCCAAGAGGCAAGGGGACAUCUUCCUGGAGCAUUUUGCUGCUGCCGGCUUCCUGCCGGAUGCCCUGCUCGACAUCAUCACCAACUGUGGCUCGGGGUUUGCAGAGAACCAGAUGGGCAGGACCUUGUCAGAGCUGAUAACGCAGUUUGACCUGACCCGUAUCACCUGCCACUCAGCCCUGCUGGACCUGGAGAAGCUCCCAGAAUUCAACAGGCUGCAUCUCCGCCGGCUGGUGAGCUGUGAGACCCAGCGGCGCCGGCUGGUGGGGAAGCUGCAGGCUCUCGUGGAGGAGGCAUUUGGGAGCCAGCUGCAGGACAGGGACGUCCUGGACCCAGCCUACGUGGAGAGGAUCAUCCUGCUGAGACAGGGCCACAUUUGCCGCCUGCAGGAUUUGGUCUCCCCAGCGCACUCCUACCUGUGGACUCGCCCUGCUGUGGGUCGAGCGCAGCUGGGUGCCAUCUCGGAGAAGGUGGAUGUGAUUGCCAAGCGCGUGCUGGGGCUUUUAGAAGGAACUGGUUCGAGCUUAACUCAGGAUGUGCUGAAUGGAGAACUGAAGAAGCUGUCAGAAGGUCUGGAAGGCACCAAACACAGUAACGUGAUGAAACUCCUCCGAAUGGCCCUCAGUGGACAGCUGCAAGGACCCCCUGUAGCUGAGAUGAUGGUGUCCUUGGGACCAAAGGAGGUUCGGGAACGAAUACAGAAGGUGCUUUCCAGCUAGAGAGAAGAUGUGCAGGACAAUGGAGGUGGCCCUUGGAACCUGUACGCUCAGAAACUGCCUUCAGAGGGGAGGAGGAGGAGGCCCGAGGCCCAUCAGGAAGCUUGUGGAAAGAACCCAGAGUGGAAACAGUCUCAAGGCGUGUCCAAGUGCGUUUAUGGCUCCACAGCAGGCCCAUUCUCGUUGGCUGGCCAGGGAAGCCCGGCUCCAUCUCACCUCGACUCAGGAAAGGAAGGCCUCAUAUCUGCUUCUCACACCACAUUACACAGCAGAGGUUAGGAGCUGGUUCACAGAAUAGUCCAGAGGGCUCGUGUUUUAGUCUGCUUGUGCUGCCAUAACAAAAUACCACAGACCAGUGGCUUAAACAACAGAAAAUUAUUUUCUUAACAGUCUUGGAGGCUGGGAGUCCAAGAUAAGGUGUGGACAGGUUUCAUUUCUCCUGAGGUCUCUCUCCUUGGCUUACAGAUGGCGGCCUUCUUGCUGUGUCCUCACAUGGUCUUUCCUCUGUGCGUACCCUUCGUAUCUCUCCGUGGCACCCUUGUCCAAAUGUCCUCUUCUUAAAAGGACACCAGUCAGAUUCGAUUCGGGCCUACCAUAAUGGUCUCAUUUUAACUUAAUCACCUCUUUAAAGGCCCCAUCUGCAAAUACAGUCACAUUCUGAGGUCCUGGGGGGGUUAGGGCUUCAACAUGUGAGUUUUGAGGGGACACAGUUCAGCCCAUAACAGCUUGGCAGCCACCUGGACUCACAGAUCCCAGUUCUCAGGCCCAGUCUGGAUUUGGAGCAAUAAAGGAUGAUUGACACAAAGUCUGAACUGGAGGUCAGACUUUCUUUGGGGUUGUAAGGGGAGAAGUUACUCAUCUGCCCAGGGUGAGCACUUACGUAUUGUAAUAGUCUUUGUCCUUGGACCUGGGGCACCCUGUGUCUCCCUUCCCUAAAGGUUGUCUGUUCCUUUUUUCCAGUUCUCCAGACCUGGUCCUUGGACUGGAGACCUUCACCCUGUCUAUUUUGCAUCUUUUUCUUCAUAUUCACGCCAUUUGUAAGUCAUUGUCUGUGGGUUUCUGAAAUGAGCUGUUCUUCUUGGGGUGAAAAACAAGUGAGAGGACGAUGGUGGCUGGCUGCAAAGACCCCCUACAGGGCUUCUAGGCCUCCCUGUGUGGCAGCCAGCAUCUCACAUGGCCCCCAAUCAUCUCAGCCUCCUGGUAUUCACAAUGAAUAGGGCUGACUUGUGAUACAUCAUGGUUUCCAUCUUGUUCUCUUGGAUCCCUUACUUUGCGGGAAGCCAGCUUCCACAUCACGAGGACACUCAAGCAGCCCUAUAGAGAGGUCCAUGUGACAAGGAACUGAGGCCUCCUACCAUGUGAGACAUGUGAGUGAGCAAUCCUGGAGGCCGAUCUUCUAGCCCCACUCAAACCUUCAGAUGACUGCAACCUUGGCUGACAUCUUGAUGACAACCUUCAUGAAAGAUCCUGAGCCAGAACCACUCAGGAAAGCUGCUUCUGAAUUUCAGACACACAAAUUAUGAGAUAAUAAAUGUUUAUUAUUUAAAGCCA